AUGUCCGUGCCACCCUCGCGGGCACACUCCGAGGUGUUCUCGGCGAGCCAAUACGGAGGUGUGACUACAGUACCCGCUCCACGACCCCGUUCUUACAUCAACUAUUUCAUAUUUCCAUCCGCAGUUCUACACGUCGUCGGAAUUGCUUGUCUCGCCGCAUUAUGGUACUACUUGAGAUUCACCAGUGUUUUCCCAUACCAUCAUCGUGUAUUCUACUGCCGUGAUGUACAUCUCUACAAACCAAACUUCGUACCAGAAGACUUCAACGUCUACGUUUCCUAUCCAUUGCUCUAUACUCUUGCUUUCACAAUUCCCCCACUAGUCAUCCUGAUUGGAGAAGUCAUGUUCUGGCUCUUCAGUACAAAACCAAGAAAGAUUGUCUACGCGAAUUGUGGAGAAUGUCCAGUUCAUCUUUUCACAAGAAGACUUUUCCGAUUUGUCAUCAUCUAUUUGGCUGGUCUUCUGAUUGUCCAGAUUUUCGUAGACACUAUCAAACUGAUGACUGGAUAUCAGAGACCGUAUUUCUUGUCCUUGUGCAAUGUUUCAAUAACUGCUUGCACAGCUCCACUGGAACAUUCUCCAUCUCCAUCUCCCCAUCUUGCUUGCAACUACAGGGGAGCUGAUGAACUCCGUUAUGCAUGGCUCACCUUCCCAUCUCUCCACGCCGUGGUUUCUUCAUACGCAGCCUGUUUUGCAUCUCUCUACAUCUAUUACAUGAUCAACCUUCGCGGUGCUCCACUUCUCCGCCCUCUUCUCAUUUUCGGUUUCAUUGGACUCUGCAUCGUCGACUCGUUCUCCCGAAUCAACGGAUACAAAAACCAUUGGCGUGACAUUUGGGUCGCCUGGGUUAUUGGAGUCUUCAUGGCUUGGUUCUUGUGCUAUUGUGUUCUCUGCUUCCAAGAAGUCUACCAUAUUACUGUCGAACGUACUCCGAUCGUUCAAGAAGAGAGAGUCUCUCCAUUCUUCAGUUGGUUCCGAUUACCUCGUGUUCAGGCGCCAUCGGUGAAGGAAGAGUAUGUAGUAUACGAAGAAGAUAUGGAACGCGCUGAGGGCACGAUGCCACGCCAACGUCGUAACCGGGAUCGUCAGUACGAGGUGACGACGACGACGGAAUCUUUCCACCGUACCAUCAGCCCACCACAGCAGACACAACAAAACGGUGGAUAUCAGUACUAG